UUGUUGUCAGCUAAAAUCUGGGUGUCAUGCCCAGUUAACCGAGCCAGGCCGCCAUCGCAGGUGUUCCACCAUGGACGAUUCCCAGGUUUUGAAAAAACGGGGCUAUACCCAAGGUAUUAGUAUAGGGGAAGGAUCUUAUGCAAAGGUCAAAUCAGCCUAUUCUGACCGCCUAAAAAUGAAUGUCGCUGUUAAGAUCAUCAACAAGCAGAGGGCACCCAAAGACUUCUUGGACAAUUUCCUACCCCGUGAACUUGAUAUCCUGGCAUGCCUAAACCAUAGGAACAUCAUAAAAACCUAUGAAAUAUUUGAAACCUCAAGUGGGAAGGUGUACAUGGUGAUGGAGCUCGGCGUGCAAGGCAACCUGCUGGAAUUCAUCGACUUCCGAGGUGCGUUACCCCCAGAAUUCUGCAAGAAACUCUUUCGUCAGCUGGCGCGCGCCAUUAAAUUUAUCCAUGACCAAGACAUAGUUCACCGAGAUAUAAAAUGUGAGAACCUUCUCCUCGAUAAAGAUUUUAAUUUGAAGAUAGCUGAUUUUGGAUUCAGCCGGAGGCUCUCGGACAGUGAUGGAGUGAUGGAGCUCAGUAAGACAUUCUGUGGCUCUGAAGGCUACGCUGCACCUGAAGUGCUUCAAGGCAUUCCUUACGAUCCAAAACUUGGCGACGUUUGGAGCAUGGGUAUCGUUUUGUUCGUUAUGAUAUCCGGAUCCAUGCCAUUCGACGACUCAAACGUCAAGAAAAUGAUCAAAGUUCAAAAAGCGCAUCGGUUGACAUUUCCUAAGUCAAUGGUAGUAUCGCCCCCGUGCAAAGACCUUAUAUACAGAAUACUUCAUCCUGAUCCCAAGAAGCGUCUUAAAGUUGUCGAAUGUUUGGAGCAUCCUUGGCUACAGAUAGAAUGCGACACUGCGGAGGCCAUCAUAAAUAGACAAGAUGGACAAUCCACCGCUAAAGGCUCCCUCCAACGAGAUGGCACCUGCGACACGGUCUCCAAGGCCAAACCAGAUCUUGAGCCAGAUUUGCCGCUGCAGUGUGCAGCAAAGUAAUCUCUUGGACAGGACUUGUUUCAUCCAUGCUACUGGAGUGACUGAGGAUUCUCUUGCCAGACAAUGCUGCAGUGGGGAAGAUGAUAACGAUUCAGCAGAUGUUGGGGACUACCAGGAAAUUCAGAUGAAGCCGGUGUUAACUCAAACAGCUGACAUUAAACAGGUUGCCUCAUUUAAGGAGAAAGUUACGGUUUACAAUCUGUAACACUGACCUCUAAUUGAUCUCAACAGUUAAAAGACUGUUUGAACAGUUCAGAGUUUCCCUCAUAUUUGGUAUGGAACUUGUGUCAGAACCACCACC